CUGCCGAAGGGGACUCGCUGUCCCGGCGCGCCGCUGGCCAUGGGCGGAGCGGGCGAGGCGGGCGGCUGCUGUGGAAGACGCUGGGCCCGUGCGCUGUCGGGGCCGCAGGAAGACGCACAGAGCUUGUUUGAGCAAGACCAGGAUGGAAGAGCCCAAUGGGGACCUUCCCAUGCGGAGAGACGCCGUCCUCUCCGAGUCGUGCUGUGAUCAUGCUGUGACAAACCUGGUGGAAGUGCUGAGAUCUUUGGUGGCUUUAACUGACCCUCAGGAGGGGAAGCUGACUCAGUCUCAAGAGAAAGCACUAAACUUGCUGGGCAUUUGGAAAACUGUAUUUGCAGCUGUUCCUGGGCCUCCGUCAAAGACCUCAGUGGAGUGACAGCUCGAAGAUGGGAGACCAGGAGGCAGGUGAACCCUUUCUGGGGAUCGUGGCCGGUGAUGCCAGAGACUAUGAAGGAGCUCUGCCCUCAGACACCAUAUCGCUCAGCGAUUCUGACUCUGAUGAUCUGGGGUUAGCAGGUGAAGCAGAAGUUGAUACAAUAUCUCCUGAGGAGCCAUCUGUAGAUGAUGGGGAUUACAGAUCAGGGGAGACUCUUGACUCUUCAAACAGCAGUCACAGAUCUCCAGUCCAGCCAUUCCAUCUGAGGGGCAUGAGUUCUACAUUCUCUCUCCGUAGCCAGAGCAUUUUUGAUUCCCUGGAAGAGGCGGCCAAACUGUCUGUGCCCUCAAUGCCUGAAGAUAAUGUUGUUGAUGGGAGAUUUAAGCGUCCGUUGCCUCCAACCACAGUUUCAGGUAACAUGGUUCCAGAAAACAUGGGAAAACAAGCCAGACCAGUGCUGGCUCCCAAAACCUCUCCUGCAGUGCCUGACUAUGUGGCACACCCAGAGCGCUGGACCAAAUACAGCCUAGAGGGAGUUUCAGAGUCUAGUGACAAGACUAACAGGGCAGUGGCCAUGGAAUUUCUAGAGGGUUUGAAGAAAAGAGGGGAGGAACAAAGCUCAGCUACCCAAGAUAGCUACACCCCAUACUUCAACCAGGACCCUUCCAGCUGCGGAGCUGGGAGGAUUGUCUUCACCAAACCAACUAAAAGAGGUGUUGAUGGACUUGAAAAGAAAAGAUCAACAGGGGAGGAUCAUAAGAAACAGAUGAAGACAGAUCUGAAAGGAAAAUCUGUUAAGAAGACUGAUGACUUGAGGGAAGAAGAUAAGGUAGAGCUGGGGCACUUAGACAGUGACAGUGGAAAGGCAACAGAGGAGGAGGAGUGCAUGACGGAAGGGGACCAGAAUACAGAAGAUAAGCUUAGUGCGAGGUUUAGUGGUGCAGCUGAAGAGCCAUCAGUGGAAACAAUUGGAUUCCACUACAGUAAGAAAAAGAGUAGGAAAAAUUUCCGACCUAAAGUAGACGACGAAGGGGAGGAGGAAGAGUCCUGAAGGAUGAAGCACAUGGGAGGAAUCCAAGGACUUGUAUUGUCUUGUUCAUAUUUUUCCCUUUUUUUCCUGUUCUGAAAACCACGUGAUAGCUUUUUGUCCAACGAUUUGUGUCAUAGCCACCAAGAACAUGUUAUAUUGUUAGAAAUCAAGCUACCUAAAAUAAACUCCAGACUUUUUGUUCAGGAGAAAUCUGUGGGCAUAGGAUAGUUGCACCCUAGCAGGAGAGAAUAAGGUAUGCUUUGUUUGCUUUCACAGCUCCCUUGGGCUCGCUCUGGAGCUGAAGUAUCCAAAGAAAAAGAAGUGUUAGCAAAAAGGCUGCAAGGCUUCCUAGUAACUCCCAAUUUUAAGAGUUGUUCUCAAAUCCUGUGGAAUCCUGGAGAAAAGGUUAUGAGCUCAUUAGGUAGAGAUUUUUGAACAGUGAAAAUAAAACCUAGUCUUCCACAAGGUGUGGUUUCUCCUGGCCCUGUCCCAGGGAAGAAAAACCUUUUUCAAAAACAUCCUUCUCUCAUUGCCAUUGAGAGUGAAAGCACAAUAGUGCCCAAUUAUAUUAUGAUGAUAUGAUUAUCCUUGAUCUGUACAUUUGUAUGUCCUUUCUAGGAGGAGCUGCUUCCAUACUGAUUCUGUGUGUGGAUUGGGGUAUUUGUGGGAAUUAGAUAUUUAUACCAGAACUGGAUACUUUUUUGUUCUAUGUGAUGCAAUAAACUUUGGUUGUAGCUUGA